AUGCCUCGAAAGUGGAUCGACAAAAAGUCAGCCCAGCACUUUACGCUGGUUCACCGACCGCAAAAUGACCCCCUCAUCCACGACGAAAAUGCGCCUUCCAUGGUGCUCAACCCUACCCAGACCAAGAAGUCAUCAAAUAAGUCAAAGGAUUUAGAUGACUUGGCUUCUGAGCUCGGUUACGAAGCCGAUGGUGUUCGCGCGAACGAAGGCGAGGCAGCCGGAUAUGGCGUUUACUACGACGACACCGAGUACGAUUACAUGCAACAUUUGCGCGAUCUUAACACUGGUGGUGGAGAGGUUGUGUUUGUAGAGUCAAGUGCGACUGCGAACAAGGGCAAGGGAAAGCAGAAGCAGUCACUUGAGGAUGCGCUGAAGAAGCUGGACAUUGAGCAAAGUACAGAUGAUAUCCUUGACCCAGAACUUCUUCCUUCUAAGAACCUUACAAGGGUUACCUAUGAAGCCCAGCAGGAUAUUCCUGACUCUCUCAAGGGAUUCCAGCCUGAUAUGGACCCCCGUCUACGAGAGGUUUUGGAGGCCCUGGAAGAUGACGCAUUUGUUGACGACGAGGACGAUGACAUCUUCAAGGAGCUCGCAAAGGAUGGCCGAGAGUUGGAUGACUAUGAGUUCGAGGGUGCGGAGUUUGACGAAGACGAUGGCUGGGAGUCAGACGCUACAGCGAAGCCCAGCAAGGAGUUUAAGGACGGUGAAGCCCCUCAGCUCGUCCAAGCACCUACAGACCAGCCCGAGGAGGGACCUUCUCAAGACUGGCUCGAGGACUUCAAGCAGUUCAAGAAAGAGCAGAAAGGCAGUCGAGCACCGGUUGCGCCAUCACAGUCUGAGAUGCAGUCCAUGUUUACCACUACCACUAAUGGUGGUCGACGUAAGAAGAGAAAGGGAGCUCUCACAGACAACUCGAGCUAUUCCAUGACAUCAUCGUCGAUGGUGCGAACUGAGCAGAUGACUCUACUGGAUGCAAGGUUUGACAAGAUCGAGGAGCGGUAUAACGAAGACAUGGACGAUGAUAUGCAGUCAGUUUCUGCAGUGUCCACCAUGUCUACCGUUCAGGGACCCAUUCGUGGUGACUUUGACAACAUCAUGGAUGACUUCCUCGGAAACUUCACUAAGCCUGGAAAGAGAACGAACAAGAAAACCAAGGCUCAAACAGGCCUCGAGCAACUAGACGAGAUUCGACAGGGGCUGGGACCUGCUCGAAUUCGUGGCCGGAUGAGUGCGACAUUCGUUGCAUCAUCAAACCAGAUGUUAUCGGCUUUUGGUCAGCCGACGCGGAGCCCGUCUCCAGCGUUCAACCCUUUUGCGACUAACUCUGACAACAAAGGAAGCGCAUUUGGCAUUGGUGGUGCAGGCGACUCCUCCAACGCAAAACGAAACAAGAGAUCCGCGGGAUUUGGCGACCAGAGCGAUAGCGAUUCCAAGCGAAAGCCUAACAACCCUUUCAAAGGCAAGGAUGCCAACUUGAGUGACGGAGGCGGUAGGCAAAAGAACCGGAAAGCCGACGACAAGAAGACCAACGACUUGAAGAAAAAUCCGUUCAGUUCUGCCAAUUUGUCUAAGAAACCGGCCGGCCAGAGCGCACGGAGCAAUGGAUCCAAUCCGUUCGCGACAACGCGUGACGAACCGCGACCAACUUCGUUAUCGAGCGUCGAAUUCCACGAUAAAGAUAUCCCAGAAACUCGCCAUUCUGACGACCCUCAUGCUAAGAGGGUGUAUGAACAAUUACGGAAAGAUGGCAUUAAUCCUCCCCCAUGGCCAUCGCAACCUGGAAAUCCUAAAAACAAGGCAGAGCUCACCAAGUUCCGCGAGAAAUAUGAGGCGUACCGCAGCAAAGCGCGCGCGUCACUAACGAAGGCCGGUUUGAUUGACGACCCGGAAAAGCGCAAAACACUCCAGGAUGCCAUUGAUUUCAAGGGUAUUUGCGAGGAUAUGUGCCCCGAGUACGAAAAGAUAACACGAAUAAACGAAUCGGAUGUCAAUCAGCCCGAGAAGAACCCCAAAACUACAUACGCCAAUACUCAUCGCAUGGUCAAGAAGCUCGCUCGUUCUGCAGCUGGUCAAGAAGCACCACUUCCUAUGGACGUGCGAUCGGUGGCAGCCCUUAGACGGACACUUGACUAUCUCGUUGAUGAUCUUCUACGCGACGACGGAAACUUACCGGUCUACCAUGGAUUUCUUUGGGAUAGAACACGCGCGAUUCGCCGAGAUUUCACUUUCUUCUCAUCCCUUACACCCGAUGAGAUGAAAGCGCAGGUCUACGUCUUGGAGAACAUUACGAGGUUUCACGUAACAGCGCUCCACCUUCUUACCCAAGAUGGCAAGGCACCUGAGGAUUUUGUGGAACAGCAGGAGUUGGAACAGCUUGGAAAGGCGCUCUUGUCACUCCGUGAUGCCUACGACGACUGUAACGACCAGGGCAUUCGAUGCGAAAAUGAAGCCGAAUUCCGAGCAUACUACCUCAUUUUCCAUGCCUACGACUCAAAUAUUAUUGAAACUCUCCAGCGCCAAUGGAAAGCAAAUCUUUGGAGGGACUCUGAUGAGGUCCGUACAGCAGUCUCACUCGUUGAGGCACUCCAAAAUACACACGACUAUCACGGACCUCUCAAGGACGCGCCGUCUUUGGCUGCAUCAGCCGCAUACCAAUCAUAUUUCAGAAUAGUGGAGGACCCCAAUGUUUCUUAUACAAUGGCCUGCUUUGCAGAAUGCCAUUUCCCCCGACUUCGUCGUUCCAUCUUGGCUGCUAUCAAAAAGGGCCUCGCCCGACCUCGAGAAGGUUCCAAGGACGUCACAGCCGCUGUGUUGAAUAAGUUUCUUCGCUUCGAUACUGUCCAGCAAGCUAUUGACUUUGCAGAACUUCACGAUAUUGAGUUUGGCCAAUGUGAAGAGGACUCGUCCAACAUCAACCUCCAAUACGCAAAGCUGGAUAGUCGGGGUUCCUUGCCCCAUCAUCGCCUUCAACAUCAAUUCUCUCAUACCCUAGUCGAAAAGAAGCGCGGAUCAAGAAGGCUUCCCGAUCUCAUUCAUGAAACAAUCCACGAAGAUAAGAAUCUCUCCAAACCCACAACAAAUGGAUCUGGCGAAGGAAGCCUUUUCGUCUCGAACACGGAAACCACUACCAAUAAGCCUCUCAUCCCCACUGGACCUAAGGCCACAACACCCGGCGCCUUUUCAUCUGUUAGCACAUCUGGUGGAUCUUGGGGAAACAACAAGCCCGUCAACGGCACGUCAGGGACUACAUUCAACGGAACUACCACGACCAACGGCUCUGCUUUGCAACAACCAACACCUCAAUCGAAUCCUUUUGCUUCAGGUUUGGCUUCGGCAGCCAAGCAGCCUGCUGUCAACCCAUUUGCGCCGUCGACUUCGGCAGCUACUCCAUCAUUCUUCAACAAUGCCUCAGGUACAGCUACCAACACACAGCAACCAACGAGAUCUAGAACAACGCCAUCACAAAGCCCAUUCACCUCGUCUGAUAAGCCAUCAACUGCUUCGAGCGAACCGGUAGUGAAAAAUCCUUUCGGUCAACCUUUUGCCCCAUCAAAUAAGGAUGCUACGCCAGCAACACAGUCGACCUCGUUCCAGCCGCCCAAGUUUACGAUUCCUUCAGCCGAAAAAGCCUCGAGUAAUGAGACGGCAUCCGACAAGUUCCAAGGUCAAACUCGACCCUUCGCCUCAGCAGAGCAGAAGCCGCCUGCCAUUAAUAUACUUCCUCCAACUCCUCAACUGUCGGGAAGUCCUUUCAACUCUCUAACACCACCACAAACAUCAUCUGCAAACACCACACCGCAGGUGACACAGCCCUUUGCGGGGCUUGGGUCUUCUACGUUGUCUGGGGAGCAAAGCAAGUCAGCAACAAGCAUUCUUGGUUCGCAACCACCUAUUUCGGCCACGCCCCAAUUCUCAUUCCCUCCCCUUGGAGCUUCGACAUCCCUGACAUCAGCAAGCCCUGGCGUUUCCCAGCCCUCUACAGCUUUGGCAACUACUCAGCCACCUCAGGAAUCGAUAUCUCCUCCAGCACCGCCAGCGCCACCUCGUGAUCUUCUCGGGGACUUUACCAAAUGGUUUGUAACGGGUGAUGAUGGACUCAUAGAAGAGUUUCAAGCAUUUAUGCUGGAUAAUAUCCUACAAGGCGUGUAUCGCAAGUACGUCCAUGAUGAGGAAAUAAGGAGGCAGAAAGAAGAAGACGACAAAGCGCUAGCUGAAGCACAGAAAUUCCGUGUCUACAGCCUAUCAGUCAAGUACUUCUACCGCUGGAAGGAGACUGCCCGCGAUCGACGUCUCAGCCAGCUUCGUCGCAGUGGCCGAGAGCAGAUGAGAGCCUACUACGAAGCCCAGCGUGCUGAGCAAGCCAGGGCACAGAAGGAAGCCGCCCGUAAGGCCGCACGAGAGAAGGCUGAACUCGCAGAUUUGAACCGAUCAGAAGAGUUGAAAGAUUUCCUCAAGCAUAAAAAGCCAAAACGCCGUCAAGCUGCAGAGGAGGCAUUACGUGCCUCGGGCGUUCUAUCCGGAAUUACCAAUGAGCAAGAAGCUAUCUCUCGGAUCGUGCGUAGAACGCCGUCUGUCAGCAGUACUCUCUCUAGCAAGCAAUCAACCGCAACUGUCGCCAGAGGAGGAUCUAAAACUAGAGCACUUCGACAACAAUUUGGCGACCAGUCCGCUACUUUUAGACGCUCGUUGCCUCCCAUGGCUUCUAGAAACACCGCAAGUCCUGAGCCCAGCAACCGUAUCAGCAGAGUAUCAGAGCGUUGGCGGCUCAAGGCUAUGGGGAUUGUGCAGCUACCUGAUGGCACAGCUGUGCCUGAGUCAAUGGCCAACGAGAUGCACUAUGCAAGGAGAAGGCAACCCGGGGUUGGUGCAAUGGGUCCGCCUACCAGCGACUUCAACCGCCGAGCAUCUGUGAGCGAUCUCGCUCGCCCUGAAGGACGGCAUCGUCUGUCUAGCUCACAUGGAACCACCGACACCAAUGAGUCAGACAGCACAACUACUAAGAAUAAGAGAAAGCGGACGGCGGAGGAUGACGACGAGACGACUCAAGAGCGCCAGCCCAAAUCCAGCACGCACAAGCGCGUUGUGAGCGAUGCGCAAACCCUGAUUAACGAACUCCGCGCUAUGAGGGAGGAGAUGGAAGAAGGGGCGACAUGGUUCCGAGACCAAAACGAUAGAAUGCAAAGCGAAGUUAUGAGUAGAGGCUCGACGCCCUGGGAUCAAGAUGGAUAA